AUGCCUGCACGAAGAAAGCAAACCUUGAAAGAUCCCGAUUAUCAAAGCAACACUUCCCCUCCUUCUCAACAGCCUGCACCUCGUAGGAAGCAGAAAAACCCAGCUUCCAAUGCGAAGACGUCCCAGCUGUGGGACCCCCAGACGGACUACGCUCGAUGCUUCCUCCGUAAAAUUCCUUCAACGGUCAAAGGUGGUCUGGAAGAACUUGGUUGUACCGCUUCCACACGGGCCCAGGAUCGUGAAGAUCACCUUGAAGUAAUCGCCGAGGAGGAUGAAGAGUCAGAUAACUUGAACGACUCUGCAAGACCCAUUGUAAUUGACCUACCCAAAGAAGAGCAUAAAGCACCAGAAGAAGUCGACACCAAUCACGACUCUGAAGGUGACAAAUCUGAAGUGGCUCCAAACUACGAUGAACGCCUUGAGAAUACAGAGGACCCAAAGGAUCCUACCAUGACGCUGGAAUCCACAAGCGGCAACAAAUACCACACCAGCGCUUCCAGAAAGAAAGCAAAUCGAUUGAACGAGUUGAUAAGUAAGGCCAACUUUCUCUCACGUUGGGUAGCUCGCUCUACUGCUUGGAGGCGACACUUCUCCAGGAUAGCCAAAAGCUUCAACGUGAAAGUGUUGCCCUUGACGCCUGGUUAUAAUGCUACUCAGUGGAAUGCUGAAUUUGACUCUCUCAACCGUUUGGUGAAGGCACGUAAGUAUUAUGGAAUUAACUGUGCUUAUUUAUUGUUAUCAGGUUGUGAACAGACAUUUGGUCGACGACCUUGA